AUGACUCCACAAUCUGCUUCACCAGUACCUUCCGCAGUCUCCUCCACCGCAGCGUCACAGAUCUCCUAUGAUUCUCGAGAUGGAGAGCCCCAGGUAACACGUGCUUUAGCGGGCAUGAAUCUGUCCGCCGCGAACGGGGACGUCCUCCCCGUUCCUCCCACCCCCGCAAAGAUCGCUAGACCUACCAUGGCCAAUCGCAUCUCCCGCAUGUUCUCCAAUACUGGGAAGUCGACUCCGAAAGAGCAGGAAUCGCAUCGCGACUUCUCAGACAGCAGUACAGAAAGCAUCAAAGCUCCCUCGAACGCCAGUAUCAAACAAUCCAAGCCCACCUCGAAACCCUCCAAACCUAACUCCAAGCCAUCCUCCAGAGCCCCCUCGCGACAGGCGUCUACGAAAGAGGAGGCCGAGAAGAAGCCAAAGUCUAGCAAUGGCAAAGAUAAUAAAGAAGCUGCCCCGGUUCACAAACGGUUUGAGUUGCCCGGAGAUGGCACUCAUAACCAUCACCUCCGCAGCGCAAGACGACAGGAGAAGCUGACGGAUCUACUACGUGACAUGCUGGGCGGUGGCAGGAAGAAGGACGAUCACGUGGACGAGCAACAGCUAUCGCUUAUGUCUACAUGGAUCGACCAGUUUAAAAACGAACGGGACAAGCUGGCCACUGACAAGAAGGGCGGCCCCAACGCCACAGCUUCACUGGUUGACAAAUAUGGAAAAUGCCAGGAGAUUGUUGGCCGCGGCGCCUUCGGUAUCGUUCGGAUAUCCCACAAGGUGGACCCGAGAGACUCCAAAGUUGAGCAGCUGUAUGCGGUCAAAGAGUUCCGUCGUCGUCCGCAGGAGACGACUAAGAAGUAUCAGAAGCGGUUAACGUCGGAGUUUUGCAUCUCCUCUUCCCUUCGCCAUCCCAACGUCAUUCACACCCUCGAUCUUCUACAGGACGCCAAAGGCGACUACUGUGAGGUAAUGGAGUACUGCGCCGGAGGCGAUCUCUAUACCCUCGUGUUGGCGGCCGGGAAACUGGAAGUGGCCGAGGCGGAUUGCUUUUUCAAGCAGCUUAUGCGUGGAGUGGAAUACAUGCACGAGAUGGGUGUUGCCCACCGUGACCUCAAGCCUGAGAACUUGUUAUUGACCACCCACGGAGCUCUCAAAAUUACAGAUUUCGGAAAUGGAGAAUGCUUCCGCAUGGCAUGGGAAAAGGAAGCUCACAUGACUGCGGGUCUCUGUGGUUCAGCCCCUUACAUCGCCCCGGAGGAAUAUGUCGAGAAGGAAUUCGACCCUCGAGCGGUCGACGUAUGGGCGACGGGCGUCAUUUACAUGGCCAUGAGGACCGGACGCCAUCUCUGGCGUGUGGCCCGUAAGGACGAGGAUGAAUUCUACCAACGCUAUUUGGAGGGUCGUAAGCAUGAGGAUGGCUACGCUCCCAUUGAAACUCUGCAUCGGGCGCGUUGCCGAAACGUAAUCUACUCUAUUCUGGAUCCCAAUCCUUCCCGCCGUAUCAAUGCCUCGCAAGUCUUGAAAUCCGAGUGGGUUCGUGAGAUCAAGCUGUGCAAGGCUGGUGAGGAGGGAUACUGA